AUGAACACUUGCCCAGGUUGUGCUAAAAACUUCGAGCAUACUGGAUACGCUCAUCACCUAGCCCAGACCAUAAAUCCAUCAUACGCCACUCAAUUACAACUUUCUGAAUUUACAGGAGACUACUUUGGCUACUACGACGAACAAGAUCUGGAAUGGCCAGAUGAUAACCAUGAUGAGCCCCCCUUGGAAUCUGAUGAGGAGGAAGAGGAUCAUGAUGCAGCGCUUGAGCAUGGUGGGGAUGAUUUGGAAAAUUCGAACGACUCACAACCACACCCAGCCGAACGACAAGAAGCAGAGGUGCCCCUUGGUCACCAGCCCAUUAUUGAGAAAUUUCCGUGGCGCCAUGCAGCUUUCGAGUCGUAUAAGAAUGCACUGCAAGGUGCAGAAAACCUUCGUGAUGCCUUGGGUCUUUCAUACCAGAACACCAGAGAACUUAAUCAAAUCAUCGACCAACAGUUACCAUGCAGACGACCGCGCUUCAAACACGAAGAAAUCAUUGUUGCAGACGAGGCAUUUGACGUUUACUCACGCGACAUCAUGGAGUGUGUCAAAGCUCUUUAUUCAGAUCCCAAAUUCUCCCAACAUCUCAACUAUGCUCCUGAACGCCAUUAUGCCGAUGCCGACAAGACUAUCCGACUGUAUCAUGAUAUCCAUACAGGCAAAAAGAACUCGAAACAAAGAAAACCUGGAGUGACAGUCAUACCCAUCAUCCUUUCGUCCGACAAGACGCAGGUCACCAUGUUUAGAAACAAAUAUGCCUAUCCUGUCUACAUGACAAUAGGCAAUAUUCCGAAGGAGAUCCUCCCUGGCGAGGACGGUGUUGCGAUGGCCAGUGGGGAUGGUGUUGUGCGUCGAGGGCAUCCGAUUGUCGCUUGUUAUUCUGCGGAUUACCCAGAACAGCUGUUGACAACUGGGAUAAAGUCAGGAGAGUGUCCGAAGUGUGAUAUCCCACACACGGAGUUGGGAAGUCCACAUUUUCCUGUAAACCUGCGAGACCUCAAUGCAAUUCUUGCCGCGUUGUCCCUCAUUGACGAGGAUUAUGACCUGUGGAGACGAGCAUGCCAGGACUGUGGCAUUAAGCCCAUCUUCAAACCGUUCUGGCUGGAUCUUCCGCACACCAACAUAUUCCAAUCCAUCACGCCGGAUGACAAGAGAGGGCACACAAUCCCCGCACGCUUUGAUACUGUUUUGGUCAACAGAGGGAAUGGUGGGAUAAUGGGCAUGAAUGGUGUGUUUGUGUUUGUGUGA